AGGCGGGGACUCCCCAGAGGCCAGUGCGCAGCUGAGGAGCUGGACCAAAGGUUUGCUCCGCCCCCAGGGACUAAGAAAGCCACCAUGGAGGGGUACCAACGGCCCUGCGAUGAGAUUGGCUUCAAUGCCGAUGAAGCACAUAAUAUAGUCAAAGAGUGUGUUGAUGGAGUCUUGGGUGGUAACGAUUACAAUCAGAAUAACAUCAACCAGUGGACCGCAAGCAUAGUGGAGCAAUCCAUAGCACAUUUGGUCAAACUGGGAAAAGCUUACAAGUACAUCGUGACCUGUGCAGUCGUCCAGAGGAGCCCAUAUGGAUUCCAUACAGCCAGCUCCUGCUUUUGGGAUACGACAUCUGAUGGAACCUGUACCGUCAGAUGGGAGAACCGUACCAUGAACUGCAUCGUUAAUGUUUUUGCGGUGGCAAUUGUCCUGUAACCUGUAAUGCACUAAAUGUGUUGGGUUAAGGCCAUUAACUUAAGUUUGUGAGUGUAUCCUUUCUAAAAAGAGUAACUAUUACUUAUUAAUGUGCUAGAUGAAAAGUGUGCAAUAUGCUUCAAAGCUGUCAGCAGAGAACGGAAUAGUGUAAGCAGAAGUCCAAUAGGAAGUUGGCAGAUUAUCUUGUAUUCUAUACAGCAGCAUUUAAGGGCAUAAAAUGUUAGUCAACAAUUAAUGCAGAAAUAUGGCUGACCUAAAAUUAGAAUCUUCUACUUAUACAAGCCUUUCACUGACAUUAUGUUCCUACAGAGAUGGGGAAAUCUAGUUAGAUACUAACAUUAUAAUUAACUAGAAAACACAACAGGGAUAAAUAAAUGAACAAAAACUAUAAGGAGAGAUGCAGAGAAAAUGACAUGAAUUACCUAAUGCCUUUCUGAUUUAAGUUUUUUUCCUUCAUUGACUUGCAUAUAGUAGUUCAUGGAAGUAGUUCUCUCUCUCUCUCACACACACACACACACACACACACACACACACCUAUGCACACAAGUCCCAUCUAACCAGUUUUGGUUUCCUGAGAACUGGCAAAUCCAUUGGAUUUUUUUUUGUCAGUUUCUUACACUUACACCUGAGGUAGAAUUAACUAUAAUGGACAAGAUUUCCUGGGUAAGCAAAAUUAGUUAAGUAUAUGAUCAACAGUAUAUGAUCAGACAGCUGCCUUACAAUCCGCUCUUUCCACGAGGGACAGAUAGCUAUUGACUGUUUGCUCUCCAUGUUUCUAGAGGCCAGGCGGACAGCUGUUAAUGUGGUGUUCACGUGUCAGGUUUGUUUUGGCAGCUGUUCAGUUGGAAAACUAGUGUUUGUGUUUGAAGGAGAACAAAAGAAAGAAAAGAAAAGUGUCUGGCCCUCCAUGGAAAAUAAACCCCAAGGAAAGCACUAAUUGGUGACAGAAUUAUAGAUACAGUUUUUGAGGGUUGCUUCCCACAAAGUAAUAUUUCAGAUAUGCAACUCUUACUUAAAGGCCUUAUUACUAGUCUUAACUAUACAGUAAUAAAUUUUAUCAUUUAAUUAGUUUCAACUAUGUGUGAAUAAUUUAAAACACUUAUGUAGAGUUAGGACAAUGGAGUAGAAUAUACAUUAAAAGUGAACAAUCAUUAGCAGGUUAUCUAAUAUCUCAGGGCUUAUGAAAUAUAAUUCAAUUUAUUAAGAAAAUCAAAGAUAAAUAUUAGGAUACACAGCUGGCCACCAAAUGCAAAGUCAGUCUGCCAUUUAACCUUGAAAAUGAAAUCAGUUUCACAUAUUACCAUUGACACGCGAUCCAUGUAAACAGUGGAAUCACAUGUCAUUGAAUUUUUAGGGUAAGGAAAAGUUUAGUAGUAAUGGCAACAACAUUAAGACAGGAUUCUUGUAUGAGGACUAUGCACAUGGUUGACAUUUUGCAGGACAACUGUCAUGACAAGAAGGCAAAGAUGGGGUUUAAUGAGGUGGCCUGUAGCGUUGGCACAUCUUGAGUUCUUUGUCAUUAUCUUUAUGUUACUUUAUGUUGCUGGUGCUUGUACCUUGGGAGACUGAAACAGUGACCAAAUUAUCUGUGCAGUUGAGGCUUAUUCUUUGAUUAUUGUUGUUGAAGGAUUGUUUUAAAAUUAUCAAAUCAUACCUCGUGAGCUUGCUAUCUGCUGUUUCUAGUUAAGAUACAUAAUAAAGACUAUCUUCUUGUGCUGAA